GGGUAGUUAUGCAAUUAGCUCGUACGUUUAAGAUUAGGAUCAUACGACAUGUCGCUCAACGUCGGACAUAAUAUGAUCUGGUAUUCUGGUUGACACUUUUGGAGGGAACCGGUUGCAGAGGAAACCAUGACAAGGCAACCUCUGAAUCUGCUGCUGGAAAGUCUGCCCCAAACCAUCCUCCAAUUUCUGAACCCCUUCACUGCUUCUCUUUCGCAGGCGCGUCAAGCCCACGCCCAAAUACUCAAGACUGGCCUCUCCAACGACACCAAUGUCACCACCAAGCUCCUCUCUGUCUACGCCAACAACCUCUGCUUUCUCGAAGCAAACCUCGUCCUCGAUUCGAUUCCGAACCCCAACCUGUUCUCCUUCUCCACCCUAAUCCACGCCUUUUCGAAGCUCAAUCAGUUCAGCCACGCACUAUGUUUGUUUUCUCAAAUGUUGUCCCGAGGCCUCGCGCCGGACGGUUUUCUCUUCCCCAGCGUCGUCAAGGCCUGCGCUGGCCCGCCAGCGGCUCCGAGAGCCGGCCGUCAGGUUCACGGCAUUGCGUGUGUAUCUGGGUUUUCUUUCGAUUCGUUUGUGCAGUCCUCUUUGGUGCACAUGUAUAUCAAAUGUGACCGGAUAAAGGAUGCACGCAAGGUUUUCGAUAGAGUGCCUCAACGGGAUGUGGUUAUUUUCAGCGCCUUGAUUUCAGGGUAUUCUCGGCAUGGUUGCGUGGAUGAGGCUGUGGGACUCUUGUAUGAGAUGAGGGGGAUGGGUUUAGAGCCCAAUGUAGUCUUGUGGAAUGGGAUGAUUGCGGGUUUUAAUCAGAGCGGGUUAUAUGCCGAUACUGUGUCUGUUUUAAAGAAGAUGCAUUCGGAAGGUUUUCGACCUGACGGGUCUAGUAUUUCUAGUUCUCUUCCUGCUGUCGGACAGUUGGAGGAUUUGGGCAUGGGGUUUCAGAUUCAUUGCUAUGUGAUCAAGCAGGGACUCGUGUCGGACAAAUGUGUCGUCAGCGCGCUUAUUGAUGUGUAUGGGAAGUGUGCCUGCGCAUUUGAGAUGUCACGGUUUUAUGAUGAAAUGGAUCAAACGGAUGUUGGUGCUUGCAAUGCUUUAGUCACGGGGCUUUCACGAAAUGGUCUUGUUGACAACGCACUGGAGAUGUUCCAACAAUUUAAGGGCCAAGUGGAACUGAACAUUGUGUCUUGGACCUCGAUAAUUGCUAGUUGUUCCCAGAAUGGAAAGGAUAUGGAGGCUUUGGAGCUAUUCAGAGAGAUGCAGAUUGAGGGUGUGAAACCAAACUAUGUGACAAUCCCUUGCUUGCUUCCAGCUUGCGGUAACAUUGCAGCCUUGAUGCAUGGGAAGGCAACUCACUGUUUCGCUCUGAGGAGGGGGAUCUCUAACGAUGUGUUUGUGGGUAGUGCAUUGAUUGACAUGUACGCGAAAUGUGGAAAAAUCCACUUGUCUCGGCUUUGUUUUGAUAAAUUGCACACCAGAAAUUUGGUCUGCUGGAAUGCAGUUAUGAGUGGAUAUGCAAUGCAUGGAAUGGCUAAGAAAACGAUGGAGAUAUUUGAUAUGAUGCAGAGGAGUGGUCAGAAGCCAGAUUUUAUCAGCUUUACCUGUAUACUCUCUGCAUGCAGCCAGAAAGGUUUGACGGAACAAGGAUGGAAUUAUUUUAAAAGUAUGUCAAAGGAGCAUGGUAUAGAAGCCAGAGUGGAGCAUUAUGCUUGCAUGGUGACACUUCUUGGACGGGCUGGAAAACUUGAAGAGGCUUAUUCCAUGAUCAAGAAAAUGCCCUUCGAACCAGAUGCUUGUGUUUGGGGAGCUUUACUAAGUUCUUGUAGAGUUCACAGUAAUGUGACUUUAGGUGAGUCUGUUGCAAAGAAGCUCUUCAAUAUGGAACCGAAAAAUCCUGGUAACUACAUUCUUCUGUCAAAUAUUUAUGCUUCCAAAGGCAUGUGGACGGAAGUCGAUAGAGUGAGGGAUACAAUGAAGAGUCUUGGUUUGAGGAAGAACCCUGGCUGCAGUUGGAUUGAACUGGAGAACAAAGUGCACAUGCUUCUUGCAGGAGACACGGGGCAUCCGCAAAUGAACCAAAUUAUUGAUAAGUUGGAUCAGUUGAGCUCGGAGAUGAAGAAAUCGGGUUACUUCCCCAAUACCCACUUUGUAUUGCAAGAUGUGGAGGAACAAGACAAGGAGCACAUUCUGUGCGGACACAGUGAAAAGUUGGCGGUGGCGCUAGGACUUCUGAACACUCCUCCAGGGUCCCCCCUCAGGGUGAUUAAGAACCUCAGGAUAUGUGGUGAUUGCCAUGCUGUUAUAAAAUUCAUAUCUAGCUGUGAAGGAAGAGAGAUUUUGGUCAGAGAUACAAAUCGGUUUCAUCAUUUUAAAGACGGAGUUUGUUCUUGUGGGGAUUAUUGGUGAACUAUCACUAUCAGCACGUCUUACUAGGGGCUUACUCUUCAAAAGGAUGAAGUUACUUCAAGCUACUAAGUCCGUCAGGUCCCCCCCCCUCCUUCCGUGUCAGUGCUCAACAAAACCGAGCUAUUUCUACUUGUCACCGUAAAAUACUACAUGGAUGGAAGGGUUGGGAAAUCCUGCCAGCGUGUACAUGGUGGAACCAGGACUCGAAGACAGCGCAAUUCAAGGAUGAAUCUCAUUUUGAGGUACUCAUGAUCUUGCACCUUAUUUAUACGAAUGUGUUUUUAUUGCCCUCUUUACAAGAAUGACUGCGUCUCUUGAAUAAAUUCGACAGGAAGGAGUCUUAAAUAAAUUCGGUGUCUAUCGCAUGUUGUAAAUAAACUCGACAAUAAGGCACUCUGUAUUCUGCUGUAUAGUUGGUUCUGUAUUCAAUUCAUUGUUCCUGCUGCAAUUUUUGUUGUAAAUUUCGCUCAAUAAAAGGACUCAUUGUUAACUUAA